AACAACACAAAAGAGGACAAAGUGGGGAGCGAAAGAGUAGGAGAUAAUGGGAAACCAGUUCAAAUUCAGAAUCCCUUCCUUCCAAUUCCAAUGCUGCCGCUCCAACGACAUUUCCGUCGUCCCCACUGACCCACCGCCGUCAAAACCCCACCACUCCUCCCUCAGGCGCCACGUGUCCUCCGCCUUCAGAACCGCCGCGUGCGGCUGCAGAUCAACGUCCACCAACUCCGACGAAGACCAAAUUACCAAAUCAUCCCCGAGACUCCCUCCGCACGUGCCAGCCACGCCCCUCCCUGGACGGCACGACGACGUUUCGGCUCCGCCGAAGCAUCGACGGCGCAAGAAGAAGAAAUCAACGCCGCUAAGACUCCGAUUCAGCACCUCGUCGGCGGAGAGCGGACUAUUCAGCAGUGAAUCGUUCGACGAACUGGACGAAUUAGAAGAAACCGAAACCCUAAUUUCUUCAUCCAAAACCAUCUCCACCACCGACGACGACUCAUCCUCGGAAUUCAACACUCAAUUGGAAACCAUACGCGAGAAUCCGUACAAAAUCAAGGCCAACAAGAAGAAACAGAGGAAGAAACGACGUCGUGGCGGGAAGCAGCAGAGGAAGACGAAGACGAAGGAAUCGCCGUCGCCAUCGCCAUCGCCGGAAAUUGAGUCACCGGCGAGGCUGUCGGUGUUCCAGAGGCUGAUUCCGUGCACGGUGGAGGGGAAGGUUAGAGAAAGCUUCGCGGUGGUGAAGAAAUCGGAAGAUCCGUUCGAAGAUUUCAAGAGAUCGAUGAUGGAGAUGAUAAUGGAGAAGGAGAUGUUCGAUGAGAAGGAUUUGGAGCAGCUUCUUCACUGCCUGCUGUCGCUGAACGACAGGGAACACCAUGGGAUCAUCGUCGAAGCUUUCUCUGAGAUUUGGCAGUCGCUGUUCUGUAGAAGAUCGACGAGUCGUUCAAGCUUCUGACAAAACUACAAAAGCCAAAUUCUACAUGUCGCACUCGCAUUCGCACCCUCUUUUUUUCCACGUAAAAUCAGAACCUUCUCAUCAGCUCUCAAGGUCUUCUUAAUUAGUGGUUCGGAUUCUUCGAUCUUAAAGAAAUGAGUAGAUAUUUUAACCUUGCUGUUGAUCAUGUCGGUAAAUUUUAAUAUUUUCAAGAGUAAAACUCAGAAGUACUAUCCUUCUUCUCUAAAA